AAAAAAUGAAAACUCGUGUUGUUUUAAUUCUGGCUCUCUCCGUUUGCAUUGAAGCCGCUUCCGAAGUGAUUCGUGCACGUGCCUACAUUUUCAAAGCUGAAGCUGGAAAAAUUCCAACUGAAUUGAUUGGAACUAUUGAUUUUGAUCAAUCUGGAAGUUUUCUGAAGCUUAACGGAUCGGUUUCCGGAUUAGCAGCUGGAAAACAUGGAUUCCAUAUUCAUGAAAAAGGAGAUACUGGAAAUGGUUGUCUAAGUGCUGGUGGACAUUAUAAUCCUCAUAAGCUGAGCCAUGGUGCACCAGAUGACUCGAACAGACAUAUUGGAGAUUUGGGAAAUAUUGAGUCACCGGCUUCCGGAGACACAUUAAUUUCAGUUUCCGACUCUCUUGCCUCAUUAAGUGGACAAUAUUCAAUCAUUGGCCGAAGUGUGGUUAUUCAUGAAAAAACUGAUGACUUGGGACGCGGUACUUCAGACCAAUCAAAAACAACUGGAAAUGCUGGAAGCCGACUUGCAUGUGGAACUAUCGGAAUUGUGGAAGAACGUAUUUUGGAAACAACGACAGCAUCCCUUCCUCCAGUUACACAAUCUCAACCAAUUGGAUCUUCUUCUUAUUAUUAUUCUACAUUUUAUCUUCCAAUUAUUUUAUAUUUCUUGCUAUCUCGUAUUCUUUAAUUCGUCCUAUUGUUUCAUGCUUUCUUUGCUCCCUCCUUCUAGUCCUAAAUGCCCUCGCUCCUCACGAAAACUGGUCUCAAAUUGUAAUCGAAAACUCUGCGACUAACGAAAACGAACUCACAGGUACCAUUAUUUGUUUGAUAAAUGAAUUCAUGUC